AUGUUUGCGGGUUUGCUGGUCGGGCUUCUCAACUUCAACCAGGCCAUGGGUGGGAUUCUCUAUUCCGGCCAGAUCUGCGCCAUGCAGUCCAACUUGGUGUUCUCCGGAUUGUUCUUGGACGCCAUGUCGCACUGUCACGUGCAGUACGUGAGGGCGGUCAGGACGCAGCUCAUGCGGCAAAUCGACGCAGUGGAGAAAAUGAUCAUGAAUCUGCGCGACGUCGUCGUCAAACAACGAAGCGACUCGAAGGACCGUCGGGGCAACUUGGGUCGUGGAUCGAAUCCGGAACGAAUAGCAUCCGGAGCAAAUCGAAGUUCCUCUACAACUACAGCCGAGAUGCAGCACAUCCAUCCAACAUCAAGCAACAAUGGAGAGCAGCACAUUAAACUCGAGGUUGUUCAGAACUCGAACUACUACGAGGAUCUUGAUCGUUUUCAUGACACUGGUGGCACAGAACAUCAAAUUGAUACCAUCGAGUCUUCCAUUUCGCACAUUGCGAUUGACCUGCGGAAUUUUGACCGCACCCACCAGCAACUGUUCACCCGAACGCGGCAGAUCACAGGCAGCACCAUGGCUAUGCUUCUCCUGGUGCUGCUUUACGGUGCGAUCGGCUCCCUCAUGUUGUCGAUUUGGCUCUACAACACCCUGCCGUCACAGGCGGCUUUUUUCCUCUUCGUCUUCUACCUGCUCAUGUCCUCCCUGGCGUCCCUCGGCGAUGAGUACGAGCUUUUUGUUUCGCAAUUGAGACAUCGCGCCAUGGCCACCUUCAGACCCGAGUUCUUCGCGGCUACGUCGGGUGGGAGCAAUGCUUUCGGAAGUGACUUCGGGGGUGAUAGCAGUAUGAAGAACCGGCUCCGGUUUAGGGGACGAACCAGUGUAAAUCAACAAAAAACCCACUUGACCAGAUCUGGUUUUCCUCAAAAAACCACAUCUUCUUCUGCCACGGAAGUCUUGCCGGGCGAGAAUAGAGGCACAGGAACAGAUCAUGUCCCACAUCAAACACAUCAGAACGCCGUGGAUUCAUCGCGCAUCGGAAAUGAUGACGGUAGUACAGGGUUACAUGCGAAAGUUUCGUCCGGGCAACACGACCAUGGUACGUCAACUGCAAGAGGUUCUUUCUACGGGGAGAUGGGAGUAGAAGAUGAACGCGAUGACGUGUUUGGUCCGACAAACACUUCCACCGGAACAGCAACGCGCGAUCCACUGCAGGAGUUGCACUUGUUGCUUGACCACGGUUGCGUCUACUAUGGCGAUUAUCGUGUGUCGAAGAAGCAUUGUUGGUGCCUCCUCGGCAACGUGUUAACCGCGGACCUAGUGCGAAAGUCUUUAGCGUUUGUGCUUCUGAGUGGAGCCUUCGCCGUGAUCCCCAUGCUGGUGGAAAGUGGGCUGGAGUGAGCCGCUCAUCCUCGCAUGAUUUCUGAGAAUUGUCGGCGUGAUACCAGUUCUUGCAACACCAGCAAACGACCAAAGAGUACAAUUGAGUCCGAUUCCCACCUUCAGCGAGAUUCAAAGCGAAUCGGGAUCGAUUCGCAAGUCUAUUGACAAAGCACAGUGAUACCGAUGUUGGCAAUUACGAAACAAAGUAUCGCCCUCUGUUCCUCGUGUCCGCGCCAUCUAUUGUCGGUUGGUAGCCUGACGAUAUUCGUUUCUGUUAUAUCAACAUAAUCACAGUGCUGAUGUAUCAACAGUAACACACGCCGCCUCCUCAGUAACAGCCUCGGUUUGAUAUAUGAAUAUUUCG